CGGUAAAAACUCGCUCGGAACUAGUGUCAAAGGUAAAAAAAAGUCUACAUUUGUAACGGAUGCUGUUGGUCUGCGCUUCUGCUCCUGCCUCUCUGAUCUUGUUUGAGCCAUGGCUUACUCUCAGCUGGGAUACUCCUACUCCACCACACCGCAGUUCCUGAUGACCUCCAGCUCUCUGGCCGGUUGUCUGGAACCGGGAACGCCUCCAUCUCACCCGGUGCUGCGCUCCCCGGGCCACCAGCUCACCCCUGGCACCGGCAUCGGCGUCUACAGCGGCCCUUAUCCAAAGAGCCAAGGUUACUACAACACUUGCACCAGCGAUGCCACUGCUCUCUAUUCCAGAGGGCCACUAGAUCCCAAAGACGGAGCUGCAUCUGUGCAUGUGGGGACAUCUCAGACUCCUGCCUACUAUCCUUACGAAUAUACAUUUGGACAAUAUCCUUAUGACAGAUAUGGGUACUCCUGCUCUGACAGCGCUUCACGUCGUAAAAAUGCCACCCGAGAGACCACCAGCACCCUGAAAGCUUGGCUGCAGGAGCACCAGAAGAACCCUUACCCCACAAAGGGGGAGAAGAUAAUGCUUGCUAUCAUCACCAGGAUGACUCUCACACAGGUGUCUACAUGGUUUGCCAACGCACGCAGGCGGCUGAAGAAGGAGAACAAGGUGACAUGGUCACCGCGGGCUUGUAAAAGCUCUGAUGAUCGAGGCUGCGAUGAUGACAGUGAUGAAGCUGAGAAGCCACUUAAAAGUGACAAAGACCUUCCUGAUCAACAGUGCGCAGACCUGCAGAGCGAUCUUGAGGACUUCGACCUGCUGGAGUCUGAUGCUUCUGACUGUGAACCGAAGCCACAGUUCCUACCUGAGGACAAUGAAGCAAACCCAAACACAGAUCUCCCACAUGGGCACCUCACACACAAUGCAGACCCACUUCACGGAAAAGAGAGAUUGUCCCCGGACUGCCCCAAACUCACACCGGUGCAACAUCAAAACGCAUCCUUCUAUCAUAAUCCAGAGCUUCAAAACACAGGCUCCAAGCCCAAAAUUUGGUCCAUUGCUCAAACUGCUGUGUCUUUGGAUGCCAGCCUGCAGCCAGAAUACCCUCCCUGUAUGCUGUCCUCGACCGGGUCCUCCUCUCCUGUGUAUCCGUCAAGUAUGGGGCUCCCUAAGGCAGACAGGCAACAGGAAUCCCCAGUCGCCACGCUCAGAGAAUGGGUGGACGGAGUUUUCCACGGUGUCCCUUUCCAACAGCCCAAACCGGCUGAGGUGUGGAAAGGCUUGAAUGAUGCCAUGAUAGACAGCAGAAUACCUGGACAAUCCUUUGAACUUGUUAGGUCUACGUCAUCUUUGUAGUCCAACCAACACACCAUCAACGGAGUAUUUCAAAGAUUGCUGGACUUAAAACACAAAGUCUUUAUUUUGUUGUUGUGACGAGUUGAUCGUUCGCUAAGCUCCACCCCCUCAGUCACUGUUCAUACGGCUGUCAGUCUUUCUAUUUUCACACAGCACAUAUACAAUUUACAAUAACAGUGGCCGAUGUACCACUCUAACCUUUCAUUCACUUUUGAAACAAUUGGUCUUAAAGGCAGAGACAAAAUAAGGCUUCUUAUUCAUCUUUAGCUCCGUGAGUUUAUUAAAGCACCAACUCUAAACUUUUUUAAGUUGACUCAUUUUAAAACAAGAAUCUUGUAAAACAUCACUGAAAUAUGCACCUGAUGGUUACAUACAUGCUAUCUAGGUGAAAGACUGAGGCUAAAGUUUCAUGAUGAUCCAUAGAAGACAUGCAAGCUUUUACAGUGAGGACUGACCAAUGCGUUUCGCAAAUGCUAUCUCAGGUGACGUUUGCUCUGGUUGCUGGAGUGCAAACUAAACCUAAAUCCAAUAAUGAGCAGGACAGCACUGCUAACAUUAGCAUGGACUCUGAUUCCAUCCUGGGCUGACUUCCACACAGUGAGAAAAUGCCAGACAGUGAAUUUGCUAGUUGGGAAUGGUGCUUAAUUUUUCUCUUUUUUACAUUGUAACCGCACAGGUUAAUGUAGUUAAAGAUGUGUUUCUUGGCUUUGGAGAUAAUGCUUGGUUACUGCUGAUAGUAAGAUAGUUAGCUAGAAAUGCUAACAAUUGCAGUUUAUACGUUUAAUCCUUUCCUUACACUUUUGCACCUCCACCCUUCAGACUGGAUAAAUGCCCAGUAUUGUUCUCAUAACAGCCCCAUACACUCUGCUCUGACAUGUGGAGAACUCCAAAGCUCGAAAGACCUGCCGUGCCAAGUUAUGGUUGCUAAGCUACGACUUGAAAACUGCUGUCCAUCGAAGGGGUUUAGCGAACGGUCAAUUAGCAAUGUAUGAUGAUUUGGACAUUUUGAUAGGCCGUCACUCUACUGCAACUUUAGACUCUUAUGGGCCGCAGCCAUCAAUGGUCAAAUGUGAACGAACAACGGUCACCACACACCUCCCCGCAGCAAGGUUGUACGGGUCACACACAAGAAAAAAUAUACAGUAUUGUACACUUGCACUAUAGCCUGCACAUGCACUGAGUCACAAAAUAAAAGGUGUAUUCUGUA